GAAACAAUGGCAAUCUUCGAAUUUUGGGAGGAAUUCAGUCAAUUCAUCAUUCGAUGGGGCGUGCUACUUGGGUGUGCUCUACCCACCAUUCUGCGGACAUUUUCUGGACAAGUGGCAAGGAUUCUUUUUGGCAUCUUCUCCGCAGCACUAUGGAUCCUUUCCCAGCACGGUUGGAGAGUGCACAUCACACGCUGCAUCAAUGCCCACGGGGAGCAAGGAGCCAGAGAAAGAAUCAAAAACUAGCUCGCGCGUCUCGGGCUUUUUAUGACAACCGUGGGCGCUGUGGGCGCCGCGUGGGCGUGCGGACGGUUCCCCGCGCACCCGCGGUCCUUUGCUCUCACUUGCAUUUACCUGACCUCCCAAAUGUGCUUUUCAAACUUGCUGUCGAUCCUCCUCACGCGAGACGUUUUCGUCGUCGGCGUCACAUAUUUUGCGGCAACUGUCAUGCCAAUCCAAGGCCAAAUGUUGAGAAUCGUCGCGGUGGAAUGUGUUGGGCUUCUUUCAAGACUGCUAGUGGCUGGUUACAUGAAUGUCAAGAAAGCCACCGCCAUAAGGGCCGCCAGAGCAGCGGCUGAAGAAGACGCCCUAGCAACAGCAAGAGCAGCACGAAGGCUGGAAGAAGGAACUGCAAGAGCAGAACAAAAGACGGAAUAAGGAACCACUAGCAAACUAUGUGGUAGUACAUGUUAUUGCCCAAACUAGAAGACCAUGAAGGGUGAUAUCAUAUGGAAUUACUAGUUAAUCU